AGACGCCUUUUUAAAAUUCGCUGUUGACAGAACCAGUCAGCCGGUUCCGCUCUCCAGAAACCUUAAAACACGGUUGGAAACAUUCAAUCAACCGACACGUCAAUUCUAUUUAAUUGUAUUUAUGUUGUUGUGUUUGUGAAGACGCCGCUUGUCGUUCACGCGUGACUCGUGACGCGUGCUCAGCCGCUGCUUCCUGCGCGUCGGAAGCUCGUUUCCAACGCGUUCGCGUCCCCCCCCGCACGGUUCCGGUACCGCCAUCAUGGGCGAGGUGGAGCUCUCCUGCCGGGCCUACGUGAAGAUGUACCUGCACGCGUGUCUCUUUCCGCGGUGCGGCAUCAACGGGCUGCUGCUGUCCUCCGGCUCGGCAGGGGGCGCUGUCUGCGUGACGGACUGCGUGCCGCUGCUGCACUCCCACCUGCCUCUGGCCCCCAUCAGCCAGCUGGCCCUCACACAGGUGGACGUGUGGUGUUCACAGACGCAGCAAAGGAUUGUGGGAUACUACCAAGCCAACGCCUGCGUGUCAGACAGCAGCCCGACUCCGUGUGCGCUGAAGAUCGCCGACAAGAUCUCAGAGCAGUUCGACAACGCGGUCCUGUUGAUGCUGGACGGCGGCAAGAUGACCGCUGACUAUCGGCUUCCGCCCAUCGUCGUGUACGAGCGCAGAGAUUCAAGAUGGCUGCUCAAAGACAAGCACACCAUCAUGCUGCGGCACUGGGAGGAGACUCAGGCCAUCGCCGGCCAGAUGCUGGAGUCCGGCGAUCAGGCGCUUUUGGUGGAUUUCGACAGCCACUUGGACGACAUCACGAAGGACUGGACCAAUCAGAAGCUCAACAGCAAGAUCGCCGAGCUCGCCUCGCCGGCCAACGGCAACAUCUAGAGGAGGAGGAGGAGGAGGAGGAGGAGGAGGAGGAGGAGGAGGAGGAGGAGGAGGAGGAGGAGGAGGCCCAGAUGCCCGCCGACCCCUCAACGUGCGCUUUUUACGACACGUACACAAGUUUCUGUUUAAUCUUUUAAUGCAUAAUACAGAACAUGCAUGAAUAACAUAUUUACAGCCUGGUAGCCCCCCCCCCUCCCCCCCAAGUGUGCCUUGUGCUCCAACAGCCCUCUGAUUUAAAGGAAAAAAUCACCGUAACAUCUUUUUUUAAUACUUAUUAAUAUUAUAAUGCACUUGUGUUGUUUGUUUUUUUUUGUUACGUUAUUAUUAUUAUUCCUACAUAUUUCUUAAGCUCCAGGAGGUGGACAAAAUAACAGAAACGCCGUACAAUACAAAACGUUCUGCAGUAAAAACAAAGGUUUUUAAUCGCGCUUCAUGUCCGGUCCCCGUUUCAGUGUCGCGCUAAUCAAAUAAAAUAUUUGGGUAACUCUGACUGCCUCUAUUUGGCUUCAUAGAAUUUGUAAAUAGUAAAUGAUUAAUAAAGUGCAACAGCACUGAACUGUU